AUGACACCGUUGCGCCUGGCGUCGCAGGCCAGAGCCAGCAUUGCAGGCACAGGCGCGGCCAGGCACUACGGCCGGCAGCCGAACACAUCGACGGCGGACGCAGUGAGCAACAUCAUCUACAAGACGCCGACAGCGCAAAAGACAUCCCGCCACUGCCACGUCCUCAACUGCUUUAUGGAAGACGAGCCCGGAAUCCUGACGCGGGCAACCGGAAUCAUGGCGGCACGCGGCUACAACAUUGACAGCGUGGUGGUCAGCCGUACGGAGAUCCCAGGGCUGAGCCGGAUGACCAUUGUGGUUAAGGGCGAGCAGGCGGUGGUUCAGCAGGCGCGCAAGCAGCUGGAGGACCUGCCACAGGUCUGGGCGGUGGUUGAUCUCAGCGAGGCCAAGGCUGUUGAGCGCGAGAUCCUGCUGAUCAAGCUGUCCACCUUGGGCGCCGAUCAUGCGGUGAACAGCGAGAACACCCGCACGCCGCGCCAGCCGCUGUCGCCCCAGGUUGUGCACCGCCGCGAGCGCGAGCUCAUCGUCGACCAGAAUGCCGAGACCGACCCGGCCGCUAACGCAGCGUGGGCGCCCCACGUCAAGGUCGUUGAGAGCAGCCGCCGUCUGGCGUAUAUCCGCAAUCUGGCGAAUAUGUUUGGCGCCAAGGUCGUUGAUGUUGGCGCUGAUUGCUGCAUCGUUGAGCUGUGCGCAAAGUCGGAGCGCGUCGAUGCCUUUAUGAAGCUUGCAGAGCCGUUUGGUAUCCUUGAGGCUGCGCGGUCGGGCCGCAUGGCUAUGUCGCGCACGGCCAAGCUGUCGCUGUACGAAGAGCAGGCCGCCGAUGAGGCCGAGGCUGAAAGUGAUGCCGCGCCCGAUCUCUCUCACCUGCCGCCAGGCUAA